GGUUUAAUUACAGAGAGAGGCUGUGGCAGAGAACCUGUGUGAUCGAAUGAUUGAUGUUUCAAGGACAUUUCCUAAAGUGUUGGAUUUGGGUGCAGGUGCAGGACAUAUGACCGUAGCACUGCCGCUGGACAGGAUAGAGGCCGUCGUACAGCUAGAGAAUACGAGGCAAAUGCUGAUACGAGACCGGAAGGAGGCGCAAUACAAACUCGACGAUGGCGCGGAUGGUGUGCCUGUGACGAAAGUGGUUGGUGAUGAAGAGUUUCUGCCGUUCCAACCAAAGUCAUUCAAUGCUGUGAUCAGUUGUCUGGGCAUGCAUUGGGUGAACGAUCUUCCCUCGAUGUUCAAACAAGUGCACACCACUCUGGUGCAGGACGGCAUGUUCAUGGGCGCAGUAUUUGGAGGGGAUACACUGUUUGAGCUGAGGUGUUCGUUGCAGUUAGCUGAGCAAGAGGUCAAGGGCGGCUUCUCACCGCACAUCUCGCCUAUGUUGGGACCAUCUGACGUGGGGGGUCUACUACAAGGUGCCGGUUACACACUGUUGACGGUUGACCAGGACUGUAUAGUGGUUAAUUAUCCAUCGCCGAAGGAGCUCAUGGAAGACCUGAAGAUCAUGGGAGAGAGCAAUGCUUCGAAUACAAAAGGGGAGAAGUUGAGUGAUGAUGUUUUGGAAGCGAACGCUAGGAUAUAUGCCAAAGAAUAUGGCAACGACGAUGGGACCAUCCCGGCAAGCUUUGAUAUAAUUUAUUUUAUAGGAUGGACGCCUGACCCUACUCAACAAAAGCCGAUGAAGCCGGGAUCGGCUGAUAUCAAUCUAAUGGAAUUCGGCGAUGUCAAUACCGUAUAAUAUAAUGUAAACAAAGCGUCAACCCACCUUCCCGAGCUAAUCAGCUAUCGAGGCGAUCAAAUGUAGCGUGGCACUACGUAAUUAGGUAUUUUAAAAAUCUUAUUUCUGAGAUACCGUGGUCUGUUUAUAGCCAACGAUAAUUAACUGUUUACGAAAGCAACAGUCCAUAUUCGAAUAUAUUCAAUAAUGUCAGUGGAGGUCGAAUGGUCGAAUGGUCCAUAUGUGUACGAGAACCGCAGCUCGACAUAGACGUAUACGCCGGUCACAACAGCAUGAUCAGGAAAGCACGACCACUCUAGUGACAGACACUUGUUGAGACUGCACUAGCAGAACCUAUACUUCAGUGUGUGGCACUGGUUGAGAAAGAUCUGACCCAAUACGCCUCUUCGUGAGACCGCCGAUGAUUUUGAGGAGAUACGCUUUGAUCCCAGCAGGGAAGAAUUUGCUUACUAGCGUACUCGAUGGAAUUAUUUGUCAUUGUUACUAGCAAUUCACCGCUUUGUACACUUUUGUUGCGUAAAGUGCCAGGGAGACUACUGAAGUUCAGUUGAAGAUUGCAUGAACUAUUCCUGACUUAUCAGUAUUGGCGGACUGAUUCAUAAAUGAUUGUAGUUGGUGACAGGAUAUGGUGUGGGAUGUCGAGUAGAUGAUCACGAUCGAAAAUCUGAUCCAUGUUUUCAGUUGAAUAUAAUUGCGAUUAUACUUGGUAGUGUUCAAUUUUCAGAAGGCUAUGCUAUGUUGGUAGUUAAAUUCUGAAUUAUGUUACUCUGCAUCUUUCUAAUGGUAAAGCACAAUACGCGUAUCUGUAUACAAAUAUUUACUCUCUCUACUAGAGUAGAGUCACG